UGGCCGCGCUGAAGAGAACGGUCAUAUCGUCUAUCAAAGAACAAGGAAACUUGAUCAGGUACAUAUAACCACAUCAAGAAAAAAGAAGAUCACAGUAUCUUUUUAUUUCCUCUCUCUAUAUUCAAUUGAAAACAUGUUGACAAGAGGGCUGCUUUUCGCUUGUGUUUUGUUACUUGUGACAUUCAUAACCAGUUCUAAAGCGCAGGAUAUUUCUCAAUGUAUCCCUUCUUCCUGCGGCCAUAUUUCAGAAAUAAAAUUUCCCUUCCGAUUGAGGACUGAUCCUGAGCAUUGUGGUAGACACGGAUAUGAGCUCGAUUGCCAGAACAACCAAACCGUGUUCAAUUAUAAGUCCAGAAUUUUCUACGUACAGGAAAUUAACUACAGAAGCUACUCAAUAAGGCUACUUGAUCCCGGCCUAAAAGAUCAGAGAGAAAAUUGCACAGUUUUUCCAAAUCACAGGGCAAGUUAUGAUGCCAUGACUAGCCAAAUCUUUGAAUGGGUUCGCGUUAACAAUGAUAUCAACUAUGUCAACUGUCGAGCUCCUAUCAACUCGUCACAGUAUAUUCCUACAAGUUUUUGUAGCAAAAAUACAACGAGUUUUAGCUACCUUGUCAUAAGAGAAAUAUUGCAAGCUUCGGAUUUGGUUGGCGGCUGCAGAGUUGAAACUGUUGCAUGGUCCUCUGCUCCUGGCAUUUCAUCAAACAAGUCGUCUACGUUAACAAGCACACAUCAAGGCCUGGCGUAUGGGUUUGAGCUCUCUUGGAAGCGUAAUCUGUUAUGUAGAAAUUGCGACCCGAGUCGUGGCGGCGAGUGCACUAUUGAAGAAAACAGCGACAGAGCUACUUGCCGUUAUUGGUGCAAAGAGGACAUUCACGUUUCGAAACUUACGUUCCGAUGCAAAGUCGAGUACUAUUCUGUUUUUGUAUUGUUCUUUGGCGGUAUAGGAAUAGGUGGAGUUUUGGUGCUGAGAUUUCUACUGGGAAUUCCGAUCUUGAUUGCAGCAGUGCUGUGGCAGUGCAAAAGACGGAAUUUGCAUACAUCCUCCAAUGAACAGAACUGUUAGGAUUUUUGCCACUCAAGCUACUGUAACAGAAGUUUAAUUUGUCUAUUUUGUUGAAAAUAUCUAGGCCAAGGUCAGCCUGUGCUGGCGAUUAAUUACUAGGAUUUUUCUUUCCAGUUUAGUCCUGUAUAUUUUGAUAUUCUUACCUAUUUGAUUGUGUAUGAUUUUUUCUUAAAUUUUAUAAUUUUCCUAAUUCAUGUAAGUAAUUGAAUGGAUAUUUGUACUUUCUGUCCAAUAAUAGGACAUGACA